AUGGCGACUAAAACAGAACAUAAAGAUACCAACUUCACAGUCUUUAUUCGUUUGCCAUUUCCAAGGGGAGACUUUGUAGAUCCACCGCCGGUGGAAUGGAAUGCUGCUAAAGAUCAGGCAUUAUGGGACGUUCUUUCCCGACCAUCCAAAGGCGAUGACAUAGAUUGGAAAGCAUUGGCUGAUAACUUCGACGUCACUUUACAAUUUUUACUUCAGCAAGCAGCAUGGCUUUAUGAUCGGCAGCUAUCACAAGUUCGGGCCCAGAUGCGGAAAUUUGACCCGACCGCUCAGUCAAAUUCACCAUCACCAGCUCCGGGCUCUGUUUCAGGGAGCACGGCACUACCGGGGGCACCGGUAAAGGAUGUACCUAUAGUUGGACCACGAGGGCCUGUCCGACAGGUGACUCAGCAGAAGGAAACACUUCCGCGAGCAGCCAGUGGUCAUGGUCGGCGCACAAGCUCUACCUCGACAACGACUAUCAACCAAAUCCGCGGUUCUCGAGACCCCUCUCGCACCGAUACCCCAACAGCAGAAGGCAGUGAGCAACGGCGGGAUUCUUAUCCCCGUCGCCCAUCCAUCAACAGACCGCAGCCCCCAGUGGCUCCAUUCUUACGGUCUCCUCCAUUGGAGGAAGAAGAUCUAUCAUCAAGCUCCCCAGAAUCCGACUCAGAAGAUGAAGCAGAUCUCCCAGCCCAGCGCUUCCGCCGAUUUGGACAAUACUCCAUACACCGUACCGGGCUAAGAGACGACGACGAUGAUGAAGAUGACGCACCUGCCUUCUUACCACUGCAUCAUGAACCCGAGCAAGGUCCACGAGAUCGGCCAACCCAGGAGCUGAGUGCCACGUUACGCUUGGACGCGGAGCGUGCCGCUAUUGCACGGCGACGUAUUGCCGAACGAUCUGGGCACAGAAUGCCCAUUGCUUCGGAGUCGUCGGCGAGCUCGAUGAGUUCCGGUGCUCCUGUGGCUGUGGCUGUGCAGGGAGGACAAGCGGGUGCUACAUUGAGUCCACAGCGUUCUGGGGAACCGGCUCGGCUGAGUCCCCGGAAGUCCCAUACUUCUGGCACACAGGCGAGUGAUGGGACUCCGAGCAUGGGGAGCAGUUUUAGUGAUCUAGAUGAUGCAAGCGUUACACAGUCAGCGUUGGAGGAGGCUCUUAUGAGCAAUAUGCAGCAUGGCGGAAUGGCUAGCAGGAUGAGCACUAUCAGUCAAGCAUUGCGUAGUCGUUAUUUGCAGUGA